AUGUCAGGAAUGAUUAAAGGAAAAAAUACCAUCCUCAGGGGAUAUGCAGAUCACCUACACCUGAAGACCCUUCUGUUUGUGGCAUUCUUUGUAGUCUAUCUGAUAACCAUGGUGGGAGAUCUGGCGAUGACCUUGACCUGUACACAGCAUCAACUUCAUACAUCAGUCUACAUCUUCCAGGGAAACCUAGCUCUUGUAAAUUCUUGUUGUGUGUGUAUACUAUCUGCCCCCAACAUGUUAGAGAACUCUGAGAACAGAGGGCUUUCCCUCUAUGAAUGUAUUACACAGAUUUAUAUUUUUUUCACUGUUGAAACUGAAGGCUGCUUUCUUCUGACAGCAAUGGCCUAUGACUGCUAUGUGGCCAUUUACAGACCACUGUAUUAUCACACAAUGAUGUUUAAGAAGCUCUGUGUUCAACUCUGUGUUCAGAUGAAACAUGCUCAAAACUUGUACUCAAUGAUUCACAAAGUUCUUCUGUUUAGGUUAGUUUACUGUAGAUCUAAUCACAUUAACAUCUUUUACUGUGAUUUUGUCUCUUGUAUUGACCCAUAUAUAACUGGGCUUAUACUCUCUGCUUUUGCAGUUUCCACUGAACUCUUCACAAUAUGUAGUGUCUUAAUUUCUUAUAACUACAUUGCCUUAACAAUUUUCAAAGUUAAAUCAAAAAAGAAAUGAGUCAAAGGCUUUUCCAUUUGUGCUUCACAUUUUGUUUCAUUAUUCUGUAGAUCUCUUUUCUUCAUGCUCAUUACAGAAAAUUUAACCAGCUAGUAUCUUUUUUGUAGUAGGAGUUCUUGGUUAAAUCCUUUGACUUAUACCCUGAGAAAUACAGAAGUAAUACAUUUCUUGAAAAAAAUUCUGAAGAAAAAAUAG